UGCAGUGAUAGAUUAGUUGGUACUGAAUGACACGAACACAUGGAAUAGGGCUAUUAAAGUGCGCGUUCAGCUGUAACUUAUUUACUUCACCACUAGUUUCAAACGACGCCAUGUAUGUUACGGUAGCGGCGUUUCUUCUUUGCGUUUGCAUUGCGCCCAAUGUGAUGGCAAAUGUUAAAGUUUGCAGUCUACAACAGGACAGCGGACCCUGCUUUGCCUACAUCCCGAGAUGGUACCACGUUUACGGCGUGUGCCAGGAGUUCGUCUACGGCGGUUGCGGAGGGAACCGGAACAACUUCCAGACGAGGGCUGAAUGCGAGCGGAAGUGCAUAGUUUGCAACAUGCCGGCAGACAGCGGGUCCUGUUUUGCUGCGUUUGAAAUGUGGUACUAUGAUAACGGGGUCUGUAAGAAGUUUACAUACGGCGGGUGUGCUGGCAACGAUAACAGAUUCGAGUCGAUAACUGCUUGCCGGCGCGCAUGCACGAUCGAACGAAAUUAUUCGUAGUUGACGAUACAUGCAUAUGGAAACAAACCUUAUUAAAACGUUAUCCAUUAAAUUUGUUUCAACAUUAAACGAAU